UGCCAUGGCGGCCGGGGAUCCCCUGCACGACCUCUGCGAGGAAGCCUCUUGCUCCAUCUGCCUGGACUUCUUCAGGGACCCGGUGACCAUCGCCGAGUGCGGCCACAACUUCUGCCGAGCCUGCCUGACCCGCAGCUGGGGGGAGUCGUCGGGGGCCGCCGAGCCUGCCUGCCCCCAGUGCAGAGGAAGGGCUCAGCCCAGCAGCCUCCGCCCCAACCAGCAGCUGGCCAGCUUUGUGGAAAUAGCCAAGAGAGUUGCUCUGCAAGAGGCAGCAGUGGCAGCUGGAAAAGGGAGAGUUUGCCAGAAGCACCAGGAGCCCCUGAAGCUCUUCUGCAAGGACGAUGAAGCCCUCAUCUGUUGGGUCUGUGACCGAUCCAAGGAGCACAGAGAUCACGAAACCCUUCCUCUUGAGGAGGCCUCCCAAGAGUACAAGGAUCAGUUCUGCAACUGUCUGGAGAUUCUGAAGAAGGAGAGAGAGAGAAUUGUGGCGUAUAAAGGAGAUAUUGAGAGGGAAAGCCAAGACUUGCUUAAACAAACCCAAGGAGAGAAGCAAGAGGCAGUAGCAAAGUUCAGGCAACUGCACAUGUUUCUGGAGGAACAAGAGAAGCUUUUGCUGGCCCAGAUGGAAGAGGUGGAGAUGGAGGUGGCAAAGAAAAGGGACCAGCACCUGGCCGCACUCUCUGAGGCCCUCUCCUCUCUCGAAAGCCUCAUCUGGGAGAUGGAAGAGAAGUGUCAGCAUCCAGCCAGUGAUCUCCUGCAGGAUGCCAGAAGCACCUUGCAGAAGUAUGAAGAAAAGGAGUCAUUUGAGAAUCCAGUGGAUUUCCCACUUGCCCUGAAGUGGCACAUCUGGUACUUCUCAUAUUUCAAUCCCCCUUUGGAGGUCAUCAAGAGGCAAUUCAAAGACACUCUGGAUUCUGGACUUCAUCUGCAGAAAGCAAAUGUGACUCUGGAUCCAGACACAGCCCAUUCAUGGCUCAUCCUGUCUGAGGGUCAGAAAAGCGUGAGAGAAGGAGAAAAACCUCAAGCUCUGCCCAGAGGUCCGGAGAGAUUUGAGAUGUAUACUGCUGUGCUGGGCCGUGAGGGAUUCACAGGAGGCUGCCAUUUCUGGGAAGUCCUUGUGGGAAGUGAGGAAAGCUGGAUUGUGGGGGUGGCCAGAAAGUCUGUGAGGAGGAAGGGAGGCCUCACUUUUACUCCUGAGGAAGGGAUCUGGGCUGUGGGGAAGUGGUCAGGGAUGCACAGGGCUUAUAUAAAAGAACAUUACCCUCCCCUGACUGUGACUGGGGAGCUGAAGAGGAUCCGAGUGUGCCUGAGCUAUGCUGGGGGUCGAGUGGCCUUUUUUGAUGCUGACCGAGCAGCCCUUCUCUAUGAGUUCUCUGGAGCCUCCUUCUUUGGAGAGACUCUCCUGCCCUACUUUUGGGUGUAUAAAAAAGGCCACCUCAAAAUCUCUUCCUACUCCAUUCACCCGACCACGCUCGUGCUCUUACUCGUCUCCACAACCACCCUCGAUUCCGCUUGCGGCUUCGGCCAGUCUCCCGAAAAGCGCACCGCCACUUGCCACCACUCACCGCCGUUUUCUCCUCACCUCCGCUUCCGCGCCUCUCGGACCACCGACCCCGAAAGCCUUCUCUUCGAUCGCACAGUUAAGCGCCUAAGCAUUGAGAGGCAACGGCCAGGAGGAAACCGGCGCUGGGUGGGGAACCUCCGCUCCCCCCCAACAGCCAGAAGCCCUCCAGACUCCGGAGCGUCACCUGACAGCUCCGAUAGGGCUGCUGCCCUUCCCGUCACCCAAGCCACUGAGAAUCCAGCCCUCAUGGCCUCAGCUCCACCAUCCACAGAGAUAGAGCAGGAGGCCAAGUGCCCCAUCUGCCUGGAGUGCCUGACGGACCCCAUGGUCCUGGACUGUGGGCACAGCUUCUGCCAGGCCUGCAUCACCAACUACUGUGAGAAAUGGGAGACUCUGGGAGACUUGGAGUGUCCUGUCUGCAAAUUCAAGUUCCAGAAAGGGGCUUUCCGCCGAAACUGGCAGCUGGCAAACCUAGUUGAAAAAAUUCAACUGGUGCCACAAAGUUCAAGAAAAGGUGUUUGCUUGAGACACCAGGAAAAACUCCACUUCUUCUGCAAAGAGGAUGAAAAAUUGGUGUGUGCUGUCUGUGAGCGAUUCCCAGAACACCAAGGACACACAAUAGUUCCCCUGGAAGUGGCUGCUCCAAAAUACAAGGAUCAAUUCUGCAACCGUCUGGAGAUUCUGAAGAAGGAGAGAGAGAGAAUUGUGGUGUAUAAAGGAGAUGUGGAGAAGGAAAGCCAAGACCUGCUCAAACAAACCAAAGAAGAAAAGCAAGAGACAAUAGCCAAGUUCAGGCAACUGCACACAUUUCUGGAGGAACAAGAGAAACUUUUGCUGGCCCAGAUGGAAGAGGUGGAGAAGGAGGUGGCGAGAAACAGGGACCAGCAUCUGGCCAGAAUCUCUGAGGAGCUCUCUUCUCUGGAAAGCCUCAUCCGGGAGAUGGAAGAGAAAUGUCAGCAGCCGGCCAGUGAUCUCCUGCAGGAUGUCAGAAGCACAUUGCAGAGGUAUGAAGACAAGGAGUCGUUUGAGAAUCCAGUGGCUAUUCCACUUGCACUGAAGUGGCACAUCUGGGACUUCUCAGGUUUAAAUCUCCUUUUGGAGGGCAUCGAGAAACAACACAAAGCUUACUUAAACCAAGUUUCCAGUGGAGUUUUGGAAAGGAUUGCAGUGAAGUUUGGGCAGCUGCUAUGUGGGUGGGAGAAUCUAGAUUUUUCCAGCCUCUGUGGCCACUAUUUCCCUGACCCUGUCCUAUGGAGAGGGUGGCAGAGGUGGGAGGAGGCCAUGACUGGCAGGAGAAGGAAGCCAAACAGGCCAGUGGGUGAAAUCCCCCAGCUGAUGCCGUUUCACUUCUUGUCUCCUCAUUUUCCCUCAACAGCAAAUGUGACUCUGGAUCCAGACACGGCCCAUCCAUGGCUCAUCCUGUCUGAGGGUCAGAAAAGUGUGAGACAAGGAGAAGAAACUCAAACUGUGCCCAACAAUCCUGAGCGAUUUCAAGGUUAUAGUGCUGUGCUGGGCCGUGAGGGAUUCACAGGAGGCUGCCGUUUCUGGGAAGUCCUUGUGGGAAGUGAGGGAAGCUGGGUUGUGGGGGUGGCCAGAAAGUCUGUGAAGAGGAAGGGAGGCCUCACUCUUACUCCUCAGGAAGGGAUCUGGGCUGUGGGGAAGCAGUCAGGGAUGCACAGGGCUUAUAUAAAAGGACAUUACCCUCCCCUGACUGUGACUGGGGAGCUGAAGAGGAUCCGAGUGUGCCUGAACUACGCUGGGGGGCGAGUGGCCUUUUUUGAUGCUGACCGAGCAGCCCUUCUCUAUGAGUUCUCUGGAGCCUCCUUCCAUGGAGAGACCCUCCUGCCCUUCUUUUGGGUGUAUGGAAAAGGCCACCUCAAAAUCUCUUCAUAGACCUUUUCUUCACACCAGGACCAUCAAGAAGAAAAUAGUAUUUCUCA